CAUCGAUCGAAGACUGAAAAAAUUGGAGAAACGACCGGCUUUCAUGAAUGCAUUGUCCUACUUGAGAGACCCAGGAAGGAUCGAUGACCUAAAGAAAGAUUUUGACAAAGCAUUGACAUCGUUUCAGGACGAACCUAAUAGGCGGUGCCAAAUUAGCGGCGAUAGAACGUCGUCUACAGGACGACAAAAUUCUGGAUAGUCUCCGAUUCCCUCCUAUCCCCACGAUGAUUCGACUCAGGCAUGCCUAGAAGGCACUAGGGUGGAUCUCACCGAGCAUAUUAUGACAUGGUGCCGCAACACUGGGGAGAGUGAGAACCGGUUAAUGCUACUGACAGCUGUGGCCGGUGCCGGCAAGACUUCGAUUACGCUCACGAUAGCAGAACGGUGUGCGAGUGAAAAGGACGUUACCCUGUUACUGCACUUCUUCUUCAAAGCUGGCGAACGGUCACGGCCCGAUUCUCUAUUCAGCGGCAUAGCUCGGGCUUUAGCAGACCAUGACCCGGUUUACCACACUUUCAUUAUCUCUGCUCUGCGAAAAGACCCUGCCCUCUCAACGGCCCUACUCGCGAAGCAAUUCGAGAAUUUGGUGGCUUCGCCUCUCCGACAUAAACCUCCAUCUCCCGACCGUCCUAUGGUGGUCAUCAUUGAUGCGUUAGAUGAAUGCGAUAAAGAAGCGUUUGAGCCUCUUGCCGAAAUUCUUAGGGAAGGGGUGCCCAGGCUACCAUCUUCCAUUAAAUUCUUCAUCACAUCGAGACAGUUUGAUCUCGUGAAUCGCUACCUCUCCCCUAAUUGCCCAAUCGAUCGUCUCACUAUUGAUCUUUCGGAUGGGGCAAAUUUGAAGGACUGUACUACAUACAUACAUUCCCAGCUGCAAGUGCUGAAGAAAGUACAUCCGGAUGUACGCCAUAAUCUUCAGGACGAGGAUAAGAAAGUACAGGAGAUCUCAGAACAAGCAAAUGGUUUGUUUGUUUGGAUCAGCACCAUCUUUCGCUACAUGAGGAUGGCCAACAAGAAUCCUAUGAAGACGUUAGAGGGCCUGCUCGACACUGGUGCCAAACGAUCAAAGGUCCCUGCUGAGGGAAUGAUGGAUCGCUUGUAUACAAGCAUUCUGAAGAAGUGCGAUUGGGAGGAUGAAGAGUUUGCAUAUGACUACCCAAUCGUGAUGGGAGCAAUCUUCGUUGCGCAGCAACCUCUAUCUGUCGCAGCUUGGGACGCCAUUUUGUCACCUUUCCUCAAAUCUUCUGUUCAAUAUGUGUUGGCAGAACUCGCACCUCUCCUCUCAGUGGUUGGGGAUCAUCAUGUUCCAGUUCGAAUCUUACACCAAUCCUUCCGUGUCUUCAUCAUCGAUCGGAUUGAUCCCCGAUCAAUCAACCCCAGCUGCGGUCCAGUAGGUGUGCAGACAGAGAAUGCCAAGGUUGCCCUGCGAUGUACCGAGAUUCUCAUCCAGGAUCUUUCCUCUGUAGAGGGCUUAGGACUGAUUGAAAAUCUGUCCAAAAAAGACGAAAUGCCGCGCAUUCCUCGAGAGGAGUUAUCCGAGCACUUUCAUUAUGCAUGUCGCCAUAUUGUCCAUCACCUCAGUGGAGUCCAGGAACCGGAGGAGGGGCUUGCUGUGUCAGUUGCUGUAUUUCUCACUCAAGAAGCAACUCGCUGGGUGGAAGUCUGUGUGAGAAUGGAGGGCUACAUUAGUAUCUCGUCACUACCCAAGUGGGCUAAGUCAGCUGUUGAGCACCGGUCCAAGGAUGCUAUUCGUGCAUUGGCCCAUGAGCUUAUCCAGCUUGUGGGGAAUUUGAUUUUUUUUUCAAGAUCCCAUGAGGCUUAUGAGGCAGCGAAUGAUUCCGUUGUGUUCUGCCGUGACCUUGUUUGUCUGGACCCAGGGACCUACACCUCGGAUUUGACCGAGUCACUCAACAAUCUAUAUUGCACUCUUUCGAAUCUUGGACGGCACUCGGAGGCGCUCCCAUUUAUUGAAGAAAGCGCCAAACUCUACCGCCAGCUAGUUACUGUUCACCCAGGAUUAUAUACCCCAGAUUUGGCCAGGUCACUCAACAACCUAUGCAAUGCUCUUUCCAAUCUGGGACGGCACUCGGAGGCGCUCCCAUUCAUCGAAGAAAGCGUCAAGCUCCGACGCCAGCUAGUUGCUGUUCACCCAACCCCGGAUUUGGCCGGGUCACUCAACAAUCUAUAUGUCACUCUUUCCAAUCUUGGACGGCACUCGGAGGCACUCCCAUUCAUUGAAGAAAGCGUCAAACUCUACCGGCAACUAGUUGCCGUUCAUCCAGGAUCGUACACCCCGCAUUUGGCCGUGUUACUCGGCAGCCUAUGCAAUGCUCUUUCCGAUCUGGGACAGCAUUCAGAGGCGCUCCCAUUCAUUGAAGAAAGUGUCAAACUCCAACGCCAGCUAGUUGCCAUCCACCCAGGAUCAUACAUCCCAGGUUUGGCCACGUCACUCAGCAAUCUAGCUUCCACUCUUUCCAAUCUCAGACGGCACUCGGAGGCACUCCCAUUCAUUGAAGAAAGCGUCAAACUCUACCGGCAACUAGUUGCCAUUCAUCCAGGAUCAUACACCCCGAAUUUGGCUUCGUCACUCAAUAAUCUACGUAUUGCUCUUUCCCGUCUUGGACGGCACUCGGAGGCACUCCCAUUUAUCGAAGAGAGCGUCAAACUUUACCGCCAGCUGGUUGUUGUUCACCCAGGAUCAUACACCCCGGAUUUGGCCAAGUCACUCAGCAACCUAUGCAAUGCUCUUUCCAAUCUGGGACGGGACUCAGAGGCGCUCCCAUUCAUUGAAGAAAGUGUCAAACUCCGACGCCAGCUAGUUGCUGUUCACCCAGGAUCAUACACCCCAGGUUUGGCCACGUCACUCAACAAUCUAUAUGCAACUCUUUCCAGUCUCGGACGGCACUCGGAGGCACUCCUAUCCAUUGCAGAAUGUGUUCAAAUCUGGCGCCAGCUAGUUGUUGUUAACCCAGGAGCACAUGCUCCAGGAUUGGCUCACUCGCUCAACAAUCUCCAUACUGCACUCUCCAAUCUCGGGCGUCAUUUCGAUGCACUAAUGGUCCGCGAUUGAGUGGCCUCGGUUCUUUGGUCUUCCCCAUUCCGCUUAUCAUUUCCAUUUCCCGGCAUGGGCCAACCACACCAUAAUGCUCAUGCUGCAUGCACGAAAGGGGGCGUUCAACUCGAGAACACUGACAACUCUAUCCCAGUUUUUUUGUUAGAAACUGUUGACUAUACCUCCACAGAGUUUGCUAGCCGUUACACUCAUAACAGACCAGGGUCGUAUCUUACAAUUUUUUAUAUCGGGUGUUCAUUUGUUCAGCUAAACCAUUUUGCCUGCCAUUGCUUGCUCAUCGCCAAAGUACUGGCCCAUUUUUCUGCAUAUCAUCAUAGGUGAUGACGCCGAGGUUUGGAUGGAUGACGAAUGCUGGUGCAAUGAAAAGACGAAGCCGACUAGUUG